AUGAAAAUAUCAGGUGUCUUCCUGCUCCUCUCUCUGGCUCUUUUCUGCUUUUUCUCAGGUGUCUUCACUCAAGAAGGCAAGGACAAAAGAGGCUGGAUCACAAGAUCAGAGGGCCGAUUGCGAGGGAAAGGUGUCUUAAGGAGACGCCUCUUUCAAAUUGACUGUGCCGAGUUCCGUGACCCUAAGAUCUUCUGCACCAGGGAAUCUAAUCCCCACUGUGGCUCAGAUGGCCAGACCUAUGGCAACAAAUGUGCCUUCUGUAAGGCAGUGGCGAAAAGUGAUGGGAAGAUUAACCUAAAGCAUCGUGGGAAAUGCUGA